GGUGGUUCGCUGAGAAUCUGAGAUCAGUGCUCAUCAGUCGUUCGAGCUGUUCGGUUGUAUCUUUUCGUGCGGCUAUAUGUUUGAUGUUUGUUGUGCGUUAUGAUUAUAUUUUACCGUUGUUUCACUCGAACUUAUAGUAAAUAAUUUGCAGUGUUUUAAAAGGAUUUUAUUUUGUCACGUGUGUUUUGUUUGAAUUUGUGUGGAUUUAUACAGGAUAUAAAGAUGUCUCGAAAAGAAAAUAAUAAGACGAAGUCCUGUCAAGAGCAGCAAAAGAAUUUGAAAUUAGUACUAGUUGGAGAUACAAGAUCAGGAAAGACUUCCUUAGCUAAAAGGCACACCAGCAGCACAUUCACAAAUUGCUAUGUGCCUACAAGUUUCGAGAAAUACUCAUCUUCAACUGAAUUAUGCGGCAUUAACAUGAAUUUUGAAAUCUGGGAUACCUCAGGUUCCUCUGCUUAUGACACUGUUCGGCCCUUAGCUUAUCAGGAUGCUAACGCGUUUUUAUUUUGUUUUUCUGUUAUGGAACCGCAUAUGCUAGAAAAUAUUGUUAAUAAGUGGUAUCCUGAGGUGCAAGUAUACGCCCCCGGAGCUCCUAUAAUUUUAUGUGGUUGUCAGGCCGAUAUUAAAAACGGAGAUGUGCUAGUUUCUCCUGAAGAAGCUAUGGUGAUUGGACGCAAAAUCGGGGCAGUAACUUACAUUGAGACUUCGGCGAAAUUAGCAGAUCGAAGUGUAUCUGACGCUUUCGAGGUAGCAGCUUUAGCAGCUACUGGUCGCUUGAGCAAGAAACAAACUCAGAAAAUCAGCAAUCAGAUCACCCGCAGCAAAACAAAAAAUAGUUACAAAACUGAGUUGAAAAUAAAAACCAAGAAAAACUGCACCAUAAUGUGACAUAGGCAAAAAUAUUUUUAUUUAUUUAUAUAUAAUAGAGUUUUAAAAAAUAUAUAUAAUAUUAUAUAUUAUAAGAUUUUGUAAAUAUUGUUAUUAGCACUAGUCA